CUCAAGGAAGGGCCAGCUGCGAUCAGUGCGGGGAAAAGAAGAAAGACAAGAGAAAAGUAGAUGGAACAAAACACAGAUGAAGGGAAACAGACAGAAAAGAAAGAUGUAAUGAAAUGCUGGAGUGAAGAAGUGCCGAGUGCAACCCUCAGCAGAAUGAAAAAAGAAAAAGAAGAUAAAAGACGACAUGUCUAAGAUUUGUAAGGGACUCGCAGGACUGUCUGCUUGCUGGUGUCUUUUGACACUUGUUCAUUGUUCGUCUGAAACUGAUGCAACCAACAUAUGCAACGCCAAUCAGUUUAAGUGUGGAAAUGGGAGGUGCAUCACCCGCAGGUGGAUUUGUGAUGGAAGUGAUGAUUGUGGUGAUGGAACUGACGAGCUGCCCGCUAGCUGCGGAGUCAAAAUCUGUUGGGAUUCGCAGUUCAACUGUAGCAAUCCCAUGAACCAGUGCAUACCAAAAGACUGGCAAUGUGACGGCAAAGCCGACUGUACUAACGGCGCUGAUGAGAAAAACUGCACGGCCAGGCCGUGUGGAGAUCGUGAGUUUCGUUGUGCCAAUGGCCAGUGCAUAUCCAAGAGCUUUGUUUGUGACAACGACAACGACUGCUCAGAUGGCUCAGAUGAGGUUUCCUGUUCCAAAACCAACUGUAGCCCUCACUCCUUCCAGUGCAACAACUCAGUGUGCGUGCCUGCGUUGUGGAUCUGCGAUGGAGACAUUGACUGCACCGAUGGGUCUGAUGAGUGGCCCGAGAACUGUGGAAGAAAGCCAGAGAAGACGCCUCGCUGCAGACCUCACGAGUUCCAGUGUGCAAAUGGGGACUGUAUCCCUGGCAACUGGAAGUGUGACGGAGGGUUCGACUGCCGGGAUUAUUCGGACGAGGCUAACUGCAGCAAAAACGAGUGUUUGACUGGAAAUGGCGGAUGCUCUCACCACUGCAACGAUCUAAAGAUUGGAUACAACUGCUCAUGCCCUGCUGGAUACAGGUUAAAAGCAGACAACAAAACCUGUGAAGACAUUGAUGAAUGCACUGAGCCGGACACUUGCAUUCAGAUUUGCAUCAACCUGCCAGGCAGCUACAAGUGUGAUUGUGAAGAGGGCUAUGAGAUUAAUCCUGCCACUAAGACCUGUAUAAAAAAGUUAGAUUUAAAAAGUUAAUGCAUUGGUAUUGAUGACCAAUAUUAAUACUACAUUUUACUAUACUGCCACCUAUUGUCUGUUUUGUCGUAUCCACUUUUGGAUGCCAACAGGAGGACACAUGACCAAAUCUUGGAAUAAACAUAACCAUGUAACACUCACUGAGUUACAGAAAAUAUUUUAAAUGUCAAACAUGGGUCUUAAGGUCAAAUAUUGCCAUCAUAAGUUUCCCUAUUAAAACAUUAGCUUCCUUUAAA